CUCUAUGGGCAAUUUUUUCCUUUAGAAUGGUACGGAGCUGUUGGACUUGCCCAUCAUGGGAAGAUGGGUCAUGUGACUGGUGUGAUUAAAAAAAACUAGUUAGAUCCAGGUCUGACCAUCUAGGGAGAAAAUAACUUGGGGCCUGCCCAGGUUUCAGUUGCCAGAAGAUUAUAAAUAGUUGCCAGCUGUUGUUGCCUUUUCCAGAGAAAUUUCUCUUGUGUGGAUUAUUGCAACAACGGCACCAACCUUUGGAGCUGAGCGCAAGCUUGAUACCACCAGUUCCUUGGAUCUGCAUCAGUGCUUUCUGUUUCUCAAAGGGAUCUCUGCUGACAAUGUGCGUGGGGACGUGUGCUAGGAUCCUGGGGCCAUGCCUCUUGACCCUGGGCCUGCUUUCCAUUCUUGCCAACCUUCUCUUGCUCUUUCCCAGUUGGGAAUGGCGUUAUCUACGGAUGGGCCACAUCACAAAGAAAGCUAUGCUGAUGCCAGGAGUGUGGGGAGGAGGCUUAUUGGUCUUCCCAGCCGCAGUUCAGAUCACAGUUAUUGGAUUCAGGGGAAAGAACGCCCCAUGCACUUGCGGAACUUGCCAAAAGAUGUUUCUCUCCAUUGUAUUAUCAGGACUGGCCUUGCUGGGAUCAGCUGCUUGCUUUGUUUUGUCUGGUGUGGGCUUGACAGAGGGACCUCUCUGCUUUUAUAGCUGCACCACCCACAAUGGGACGCAGAUGACUCAGUGGGAUUAUCCAUUCCUUCAAACACACAGUCAGUCCUCGAACAUCAGGACUCAAAAUUAUUUGUAUGAUCCUCCCCUUUGGAACAAAGUGUGCAUCGAGCCACAUAAUAUUGUGAGCUGGAAUGUCUAUUUCUUCUCGGCUCUCUUAAUCAUCAGCACAGUGGAAAUGGUCCUUGCUGUUCUCCAGAUCAUCAAUGGCUUUUUUGGAUGUUUCUGUGGCUUAUGUGAAAAGAAAUAGGUAACAGGAAUUCACUAAAAUUUUGUGACUUUGUU